AUAUACAUUUAAAUUAAUAAUUGCGACGAAACCAAACUUUUAUCUAUUGUAAUAAUUGUUAAUUAAUUAUGUUCUAACUGUGUUUUAGUGUUAUACAUUAUUAUUAUUUAAAAAAAACUUAUCGUGUAUGAUAUUUUAUGAAUUUCCUACUUCUCGAUUUCACUUUAUACAUUUAAAAUGCAGGCUAGCAACGACUCACUGUCAGUUCUAACACCAAAUAUAAGUGGAUCGCCAGCUGUUUUAUUAACUCCUGGACGUACAAGAAACAUCGCUCAAGAUAUGGAAGCGUUAAGGCUUUCUAGACAAGACAAUCCAUAUUUACAGCAAGUUAUGGCGAGCAGAGAGAGUUUAAUUGAAAGCCAUACUGAGGAAUGUGAGUCGGACGAUACAAUACUAAUGUCACAGGAGUUUGGUAGUGCGGCUUUAGAUUUCGUCGAAGAUGAUCCCAUGACCCUUAAAGAGGUACAUGAACACUUAAUAAGAUCACCACCGCCGACAAGUUGCUGGCCACAUGAUUCACUGUCGUACCGUGCAUCCAGUGCGUUCGACUUCGCAGACACACCCGUCUCAUAUAGUGCUUACUCGGUCAAUACCCAGGAGAAGGAUUUGUUACCGUCCCGUUCUCCGCGUCGCGGUGCCAGGAGUGAUGAGUCGAAGAACAACAACACGCCGACUCGACCUCGGUCUUCUAGAUCGGUUUCUCCAAGGUCACACGACCUGACCUUAUGCGGCCGUCCGUUGUCAUUACCAGGUGAAAGUCAUCUCCGUACUGCUCUCAGUAAAAAACCAAGUGCGCCACAGAUGGACAGGUUUUCGAUACUACAACACCCGAGGCCCCUCCGACGGCCCCACACUAACCGCCGAGACGAGGACAGCGUUAAAUUGGUCCAAGAUUGCGACAAGUAAGGCAACACAGAUAAUAAAAAAAAAAUGUAAGCCAGGAUUAUUCUCGUUGUGCAACAUCCUUGUGAGCGACCUUGCUGCAAUACAUGAGCAAGUUUUGUCGGAAUACGACAUAAAUGCAAGUAGAGCUUGUAACGUUUUUGUGGAAAUCCUUGCGAUGCAAUGACCUCGAUUGAAGGAUUGGUGGGUAAAAGUUGCAAGUUGGUAUUUGUACUCGACACGUUUGUGCAAGAAAUUAUCAUCCUUUCUAGACAGCACAUAUUCUCGCGAUAAAUAUCAUGAGAUUGCGUACAUUGUUGUAAGAAAUAUUGUGAAGUUCGUGUAUCCAAUGGGAUCUUUGUUUAAUAAUUUGUAGAUGCUUGCUUUUAAUGGUGCCCUUUAUAUUAUUUAAAAAAAAAACAUUGUAUAUUUUUAUUAAAUUAACUUAUAUUUUUUAUUAUUUUUUUUGUUAUAUAUAAAAAAAAUAAUGUUUAAUUUUAUUAGUUAUUUCCGAAAAUGUUUAGGCGCAUUAAUUAUAUUUAAUUCCAUUAAAUAUCGAGAGAGAACUAAAUGAUAAUUAAGUAUUAAUAUAAAUAUAUUAAAUUAAUUUAUUAAAACAAAAAGUAAAAUACAAAUACGUGAUAUUAAAUUAAAGAAAGCUUGUAGUGAAGUAGACAUCUAUGUUAUUUGUUAUGGCAACUUUUUGGCAUUCUACUAUGCUGCGUCAUUGGGAUCUUUACUUAUAAAAAAAAGGUGGUAUAUGUUACAUGGAUAAUGAAACAUUCUUCAACGGUAAUAAUGUCAAAAUAAUAAAUUUUAAUUAAUAUAUGUCGUAAAUAUUCAAUAUAUUUGGAAAAUUCGGUUUUUUUUUGUUUAUAAAAUCGAUAGUGUGAAAAUUUUAAUUACAAUUUGACAUUAAAAUUUAAGUCAGAUAAAUACUAUUUUAAGUUAGAAUAUUCGAGAAUUUAUUAUAAUUGUUCUACUAAAAUCUAUUGAUUUAAAAAAAAAACCUUGUCACAUAGUUCUAACAUUACAGUAUUAUAAUAGUGAAACCGCAAUCUUUUAAAAUAGAAGGAAUUGAAAAUCUUUUUAAGAAAAUUGUAUAAAACUAUAAAAAAAAAUAAGUAUUUUUAAUUAAUAUUAAUAAUUAUUACAUGUAUAUUAUUAUGUAUAACUAAAUAUGUUUCAAUAUUGUAAGUUUUAAAUAUAUAACGGAUUAGAAGCCAAAGGAUUAGUGUAUUUAAUGUUACAAACACAUUCCUAAAUGCUCAUCCUAGUAUUAAUUCCUAAUGUAGGCAAUCGUAGAUAAUUCGAUAUUCGAUUAAUUGUGAGUUAGUGUUGCCAGAUUUUUAUAGCAAGAAUUUUAAUAUAUUUACUAGUGAUGCGAUACUGGUAUCGAUAUUUUUUUAAAGUAAAAAUCUUAUUAAUUGGUUUUAUAUUUAUAAAAUAUCAAUUAAGUUUUGUCAAUUAUUUCACAAAUAUUUUAAUAAGUUUUAUUUUUAAUUAUUGUCAUUAAAUAGCUAUCAAAGUAUCGGUAUCAAAUUCGAUGACGAUUUCAUUUUUUUACACGCAGAUACGAAUGUUGCCCACUAAAAAAAACGUGAAGAAAUCAGUGUAGUUAUAUAAAAUAUUUCUUUUGAUACUCCUUUUUGUUAUACUGUAAUGUAUAUGAAGUACAUAAUUUUUGUAAUGUUUUUAAAUGGCGUUUAUUAUAUAU